AUGCAUGAUGGAAUUGGUCGUUCCAUCGACUGGAACGACAACUUUUUCGCUUUUCAGCAUGAAGACUUCGAUGAUAUUGAUUGGGAAGGCGUAGCCACCGAUGAUGAACGUCAGAUGAGCACCCUGCACCCCAAGCAGCGCGGGGAGCAUGCAG